AUGGAUCGUCGUAAUAAUCGGGGUAGAAGGCGCCGCUUAAUUCCUGCGAUUCGUCAUGGAAAACUGGAAACAGCAAGGGAGUUAAUAAAUUCUUACGAGCUGCCAUGUUCAGAAUCAUCGCCAAAAGGAUAUGAUUUACUUUGUGAUGCUCUUGAUAAUAAGCAUUCGGAGGUGGCUAAAUUACUUUUAACAAGCGGCACUGCAGUCAACAGUAAAGAAAACAACUAUCAAAGAACUUCUGAGACUCCCCUCCAUUUUACUGUUAUGAAUGGUGACAUAGAAAUUAUGAAGAUGCUUCUAGUCAGACGUGCUAAUAUUAAUGCUCAAAAUAUCUAUGGCCAAACUCCACUCCAUAAAGCGAUUGAAAAGAAUGAUCGAGUAGAAAUUAUCGAAUUAUUUUUAAAACAUGAAGCUGAUGUUAAUGUUAAAGAUCAUAAAGCUGAUGUUAAUGUUAAAGACGAAGACAGAAACACUCCACUAUUUUAUGCUAUUCAAAAUCCAAAUUUAAAAAUUACCAAGCUACUUUUAGAUAAUGGAGCAAAUGUUAAAGAUGAUCCCGAGCUAUUGAAUAUUGCUGUUAAGAGGGGAUGCACGGAAAUCGUUGAACUUCUUUUGCAACAUAAUGCUGAUGUUAACGCUACCGAUGAAAACGGUUACACAGCAUUGCUUUCAACUUUAAGUGAUUUUUAUCAAGAUUUUUGUAAAUUACGUCCUGAUAGAGAUUCUUAUGUUAAUAAUAUAAAGAGGAAAAUUACUAAACUGCUUCUUAAUCAUGGUGCUAAUGUAGACGCUCAAACUCGAGGUGGUUGGACGGCACUUCAUUUUGCUGUCUACAAUGGAUAUUCACAAGUUGUUGAAGUUCUUUUAGAAUAUAAUGCAAAUGUCAAUUUUAGAGAAAAAAAAAAAUCUCGAGACACCACUCCAUAUGUCUGCACGAAGAAAAAAUGUUCCAACGAUAUUGUAAAACUAUUGCUUGAACGUGGUGCCGAAGUUGAUUCUAAAACUAAAUAUAAUAUUACACCCCUGUAUUUGAGUGCUCAAAGAGGUCAACAGGAAAUCAUUGAAACUCUCUUGAAAUUUGGUGCUGAUAUUAAUUGUAGAAAUAUGGGUGGCAAUAGAGCACUCCACAUUGCAUCUCAAUUUGGGCAUGUUAAAGUUGUCACAACUCUCCUGGAGUAUGGCUGUGAUAUUAAUUCUAGAGAUAUAGAUGGCAGAACAGCACUCCACAUUGCAUCUCACUUGGGGCAUAAUGAAGUUGUUACAACUCUCUUGGAGUAUGGCUGUGAUAUUAAUUCUAGAGACAAGGUUGGCAAUAUAGCACUCCACAUCGCUUCUCACCAAGGGCAUAAUGAAAUUGUUACAACUCUCUUGGAGUAUGGAUCUGAUAUCAAUAUUAUGACUUACAACAAUCUUACACCUCUUGAUUAUGCUAAAACUGCUGAAAAAGCUAAAACUAUUGAAAUUCUUAAACGCCACAUAGUUCAAAUGAAAACCGCAAAUUUAUAUGUUAGUCAACAAAAUUUGCGUUCAGUUGAUGAAAUUUCCUUUCCUGAUUUUCAGGAAAAAUGUGAGAAUGAAAUAACAAGCAUGAAGAGCGAGAAGAUGAAUAAUUAUAAUAUUUCAUUUUAUGAUAUCUUGACAAAGAAUACUGAUUCAUUAGCAAUAUGUUUGAGGAACGAAAAUAUAGUGCAGAUUCUAAAAUUAGACGAUUAUAAAACAAAAUUUCCAAUAUAUGGAAGCAUGAUUAAAAGCCGUUUCAGAAAUGGUAUGAAAAGAAAAGAAUUAAUUGAUCAAGGGAAUAAAAUUUUACAUUUUCUUUUUGCCAACCAUCUUCAAUUACCACAAGAAUGUACUGAAAAAAUAUGUAGUUAUUUGAGUAACGAAGAUUUAAAGAUAAUCAUCGAAAAAAGCAUCUCUCGUCGAAAGUUGGGCUCAAAUCGAAAGAGUAAAUGUAAAAAUUAGUAGACGCUCCUGUAAAAUUUCAUUUAAGUUUCUUACGUCUGAAUUUUACGAGUGAAGCCAAUUUUCUCGAUAAAUAAC